GUGCGUCUGAAGCUCAGAGGUUGAUGGUAGUGUAGUGGUGGCCCCCCAGUGAGGGCGGCUUGACGCCCGUGACCAGCGGGGGGUUCCUGCUGAGGUCCUGGCCCUUCGGCACUGGCUUGGCCAUGCCCUUGUCGAUGAACGACUGGCACGUGUCGCGCAAUGUCUCCUCAACGGGGCGCAACUCCACGCCAAGCAGAUCCCUCAUCCUGAGUGCCAUUCCACGCACAUCCACAUCUCAGUUUCUUUGGACUUUUCGGGUCUGUUUUCUCAGUGUUCUAAUCUUGCUGACUUCGAGUUGUCGAGGAAGGGAGUUGGCUCCUGGUACUGCGGCGGGUCGGGCUUGCCCAGCUCGAUGUCGGGGAACAUCUCCUGCAUCUUAGACAUCACCCAGGAGGGUGGGACUGACAUACACACACGCAACACACACACAGCACAGGACACGGGACUCAGUAAGUGAAUCCUUCCGUGGCUCCCUCACAUUUGUGUGCGUGUGAGACGAUGAUGCGUUCGUUGCUGACGCCGGUCAGCUCCGCAGCCUUGAUGUGCGCCACGGCCAGGUCACGGUUGUCGAUGAUCGGGAAAUCUAUGUCAACAAUGCCUGGGGGGAACCACACACACCAACAACGGGCGGGCACUAAGUGUCUGUCUGUACUCCUUCCUGUGUGUGUGUCGGUCUCUGUAUGUGGCACCUCCUUCGAGCAUGGCCUUGAUGUACAUCCAUGGCAUCUUCCAGCUGCCGUCGGGGCUCGCAGGCAGAGGCGGGCUCAGCUCGUGCGUCGGACACAGCACCACCAUCGGGAUCUUGUGCUCCUCCACUGACGCCCACGCCGCCCUCUCAGCACACACCUACACACCAAAGAUACGCAUCACGCUCGUCGCACGACAGACACACCCACCACACACACACACACACACGCUCACCUUGACAUAGAGGAAAGGCCGAUGGUCCUUGGUGGAGGUGCUGUUCCAGUCCUCCUCAUUGAAGACCGCCCUCCCGCCCCCGGGCACCUCCCCGUCAGCAAAGCCGCAGAUGCAGGCGAAGCUGGACGUGAUGAUGACCUUCUUGACUUGGCCCUUGUGUUUGGCGACCGAGUCGAACAGGUGUUUGGUGCCGAGUGUGGCCACGUCGGGGCUGUGGUAGGGGUGGUCGCUGGGGAAGGACGUGUGGAACACGUAUUCGCAGCCCUCAACCACCUUGUCGAAGGCACCUGGUGCAAAGGAGUAAUAAGAGAGAGAGAGGGAGAGAGAGAGAGGUGUGUGUGUGUGUGUGUGGCGGUGGGUGUACCUGGUUCGAUGAACUCUGCCUCAAGGAGCUCGAGCUGUCCGUUGAACUGUGUCUGCAUCUCAAUCAGGUGCUGCGUCUUGGCCAAGUUCUGGCAGUCCCGAACCGUCGUCCGCACGUGGCAUCCUGCACAGCACACCACAGCACAACGCACACAUAGACAGACACACACAUCAGUCACACAAAACACACAGAAGCAGAGCAGAGAGCCAAUCACGGCUGCCUUGCCUGUGUGCCCCAGUGGCGGCGCACCUAUUUACCCGCCCGCCCGCCCGCCCGCCCGCCCACCUUUCUCGAGUAGUGUCUUGAUGAGCUCUGAGGCGAAAAAGUUGGUGCCCGACGUGACGCACACCGUCUUGCCGUCGAUGCACUGCAUGGCUCCCAACGAUAAUCGACGACAAAGGAGAAAUUCUGGUGCUUCGCGCCAGCCGUCGAAUUCUUGGAGUUCAGGGUUUAGGGUUAGCAU